CUGUGCUGGAUGGCCGAGGGAACCCUCUGCCGGAGCCGUUCGAAGUCUCCAGAGAUCUGGCCAAGGCCCCAGACAUGCAGGGCAGCCACUCGGUUCUUAUUGCUUCCGAGGAGCAGUUUAAGGUUUUCACGCUGCCUAAAGUAAGCGCGAAGACCAAGUUCAAGUUGACGGCCCAUGAAGGCUGUCGAGUCCGAAAAGUGGCGCUGUCGAACUUCACCAGCGUUAGCUCUGAAGAUUACUCUGAGAACGCUCUAGUGUGCCUUACCAAUCUGGGUGACAUCCACGUGUUCAGUGUGCCAGCACUGAGACCGCAAACGCGCUACGACUGCAUCCGCAAAGAAGACAUCAGUGGCAUUGCUUCCUGCGUGUUCACUAAGACUGGACAAGGGUUGUACCUGAUUUCGCCCUCGGAGUACGAGCGCUUCUCGCUGUCGGCUCGUGUGAUCACAGAGCCGCUGUGCCGAGUGGAUGUGGAGCGACCUCACGAUCUCUCUGCGCACAGGUAAACCAGAGAGAUUUCA